AUGUCAUCUACAGCUGCCUCCCCCAACGGCGGGGCUCACGACCACGUCCUGCGGCCGAGGCCGAGGAAGCCACAGCAUUCCCAGUUGACGAGAACACAGAGCAAUACUUCCGUCGGCGAGAUGAAUGGCUUGACACCUCUGUCAGAGACUGGCCAGACGAGCGGCACUACUAGUGGCCGCUCGACACCAGUCCCUCACGAUGCCCUCCCCUCCGUCAAGAGCAUGUCCUCGGCGAAAAAGCAAGCUCGUGCUGAACAACGACGCCGCAUCUUCCCCACGAUCGAGUUCGCAAGCCGCGUUUCCCACUUCGAUCCCAACUCCGACUACCGCGACUUCCAUGGCUUCUUCAACCUCUUUUGGAUCGGCCUCGCCAUCAUGGCCAUCACCACCAUGCUGCGUAACAUCAAAGAUACUGGAUACCCCAUGAGAGUCCAGAUCUGGACCCUCUUCACGAUCAAGAUUUGGCAUUUGGCUAUUGCAGACUUCCUUAUGGUUGCGAGCACCUUGGUGUCACUACCCCUCCAUCGCCUGUGGCGCUCUGCCCCCGCCAACGGAGCUCUGACAUGGAAGAAUGGAGGCAUGGCUGUUCAGAGCAUCUAUCAAGUCGUGUGGCUUGCCUUCUGGAUUGCCAUUCCCUUCGUGCUCGAUUGGACAUGGACCGCGCAGGUCUUCCUGCUGCUGCACACCAUGGUCCUGCUGAUGAAGACGCACAGUUGGGCCUUUUACAAUGGUCACCUCAGCGAGACGGAGAAGCGCCUCUACGCUCUCGACAACCCCUCGACCGCCUCCAAAGACCCUGUCUACCUCUAUCCAACACCCGACAACCCGAUGGGUACCGUCAGCAGCCCCAAGACACGCGAUUUCAAGGCCAAGUCAGAGGCCACGGGCACAUCAGACACAGACUCGACCUCGGACGAGAUCGAGCAGCUCCGCGAGGAUCUGGCCCAGGAGCUCACCUCACCCAUGGGAAACCUCGCAUACCCUCGCAACCUGACCUGGUCUAACUAUUUCGACUACCUCCUGUGCCCCACCCUAUGCUACGAGCUCGAGUACCCUCGCACAGCCCGCAUCGACUGGCAGAAUCUCAUCUCCAAGAUCAUCGCCGUCUUUGGCUGCAUUUCCCUCCUCACGGUCAUCUCUGAGGAGUUCAUCCUGCCCAUCCUCAGCGACGCCUCCGUCCGCUUGAGCACAGUCCCGAAGCCGCCCGUCUCCGAGGCCCUCCUCAUCCUAGCAGAGAGCGUCUCCUGGCUCCUCUUCCCUUUCAUGCUGACCUUCCUUCUUGUCUUCCUUGUCAUCUUUGAGUACGCACUCGGCGCCUUUGCCGAAAUCACGCACUUUGCGGAUCGCCACUUCUACUCCGACUGGUGGAAUUCGACCGAUUGGAUGGAGUUUUCUCGCGAAUGGAACAUCCCCGUCUACAGCUUCCUGCGCCGUCACGUGUACAGCGCCAGUCGUCCGUACGUCGGUCGCCUUCCGGCCACCGUUAUUACCUUUUUGAUCUCCGCCAUAGGUCACGAGAUCGUCAUGGCCUGCAUCACCAAGAAGCUUCGCGGCUACGGCUUCAUCUGUCAAAUGCUGCAGCUGCCCAUCGUUGUGCUGCAACGCACAAAGUGGGUUCGCGGCAAGGAGACGCUAAAUAACGUGUGCUUUUGGUGUUCAAUGGUCAUGGGCCUGAGCAUGAUUUGUGCUCUGUACGUUUUGGUCUAA